AUGGCUCCCAUCCCGACUUCGCCUGCAGCACCUCAGUCUACCAGCCAUGGCUCCUCAAGCUUCCCCACUGUUUUCACGGACAAUAAGAGGCUUUUGAUCUAUGCCGCAUUCGUCCUCGUCGCCAUCCUCCUCUUCCUGGCCGCUGGAGUAUACCUCCUGCACCUCCUCCGCCGACGUCGCCAACAGUCUGGGACCACGAAGGAGGAUGAAGAUCAACAGCUUCGCAAUGCUUCCGCUGCGGAGGCUCACCGUCAGCCUUUGGCUCGCGGGUGCUCUUCGAGCACUACUCUGAACGGAGGUACCCAUACGGGCAAUGCCGAGAAAGUCGAAGGGCAAGCACCUGGUCAAAUCAUAGGUAAUUUGAGGACCCAGAGAUGCAACGAGUCCGAGUCGACCACACAACCAUCCGUUCCGGUCACCGACCCUCCCAAGGUACUUGCGUCGGAGAGCGGGUUCAGCGACAAUCCAAGCGAGUUGCUUGCUCUACCGUCCGCAAAUGAAGAUUUCCCUCACGAUAAGCUCGUCGCACCGGGCAUGCCUGUUCUGGACACCAAACUGACGAACGUCGACACUGCCAACGCGGUUCAGUCCGCGGAGCCAUUCCGCCCGCCAGUAACCAGGACAGGCCCCAAGCACGAGAACCACGAGAACAUCGCAAGCCCAGGGAAGCACAAGAAGGCGUCUUGUAAAGGCCCGAAGGUCGACCGUGGAGAGGCCCUGCUCAAGCGCCUCGACGCCAUCAUCGCCCAGGAGCCUACCUUCCUCGUCCCCGACGAGUCCAUGCCGUUCCCGCUCGUCACCGUGGACGUGACGCGCCGAGGGAGGGUGAUGAACAUGCUCGACGACAUCAUCGCGCAAGAGCCCCCGCCGCUCAGCCCAGCCUCUGACACGUCCGACUCAGACGCCUCGAGUGUGGAGAGCCCGUUCCCGGUUACGCCGCCGACCCUCGCUGUGGACCAAGGCCUCCAAGUACUGCCGCCACUCGACGUCGUCCUGCUUCUUCGUCUGCCUUCUCCAUCGCCCGAGCACCGCGUGGUCCUGCUGCCCGAAUCCUCGCCGCCACUAAUGCAAGAGUACUUCAUCUGGCCCGUCAAGAAGACCUGGUCCAAGAUCACCGGACACGGAGUUUCACCUGUGCAGUCGCCGCCCGCCAUUGUCCUCGAGGACACCGCCUUGGGCGAGCUCCCGCUCCAGAUCCCGGACGGCGGCUCGCUCCUCCGAUACGAGACAUCGCCAGAGAUGGACUACCUCCAGCCACCGCCUCCGUCAUGGAACGCGCCGAGGGAGGAGGACGCCAAGCCAGUCUGCGUACCCAGGAGGAUCGUGAGGCCCGUGAGGCCGAUGUAUGUUCGCGGGCCCACGCCCUUCCUCAAGCCGAGGCGCUCACAACUUCGUGGACCACCCGUCAGACCAACUGGCGUGCAGGUGUCGUCCCUCGGUCCCGGAGCUGGUCUAGGCCUCUCGAUUCCUCGAGAGCACCCAGGAUCUGCCAGUGUGCCGUCAGUGUCACUAUCCAACGCGGGGGUCCCUCCGCGAAUGAUCGCUGCGGCAAGACCGGCUGACAAGGCCGCGUCACUAUACUCCUACGUCUAG